AUGCCGAAAAGCAAAGGAAAAGGUGGUAAAAAUAGAAGAAAGGGAAAAAAUGACGGUGACGGGCAAAAGCGGGAGUUAGAAGUCAAAGAUGAAGGCCAAGAAUAUGCCACCGUCGGGAAACUUUUAGGUAAUGGCCGUCUUGAAGCUCAAUGCUUUGAUGAUAUAAAAAGAAUGGCUCAUAUCAGAGGGAAAUUGCGUAAAAGAGUUUGGAUUGGAGUUGGUGACAUUAUUUUAGUCUCUUUGAGGGACUUCCAAGAUGACCAAUGUGAUGUAAUCAAGAAGUAUAAUAUUGAUGAGGCCAGACAGUUGAAGUCCAUUGGGGAAUUACCAGAAAAUGCCAGGAUUAAUGAAGCUGCCUUUGAUGAUGAGGAAGACGCCGAUGCUGGAUUCGAAUUUGGCGCUGCUUCGGAAGAUGAGGAGGAUGAUAAAUUAGACGAUCUAGAUAUUGAUGAUAUUUGA